GGUGUCCCUCCAAUUGCAUCUUGUGGCCCUAGAGUCCAGGGCUAUGUGAUUCUUUUACGGCGGAGGGAUACCUCUGUAGAGAGAAAUGUCGGCAAUGCGUAGGAAUCUCGGGAUGCAAUUUACUCAAAGUCAGGAAUUAUUUGGAUUUUAAAUCUUUUCCCAGCGUUAUCUUAGUGAGAAAUUUGGCAAUAGUGUCAAAGUCACCUUUUACUCUCAAUGAUUUUUAUUUUCACUAUUUCAAAUAGGUGUAUUUUCCAGAGAAAGACAAUACGACAAAACUGCUGGAUUUGGGGAAAAACAUGGAGACAAGGAGGGGAAGGACACGACUAAAUGACUAAGCUUGAAGUUUUCAGCCAUCAAUGCAUUCAGGAAUCUCUUGGAGUUAACAUGUAUUGGACAUUUAAGAUAUAUCGAUUAUUUCCUGUUCUGUGGGAACAAAACUGCCGGGAAAAUAUUCAUUGAAUCUGGACAUCAAGUUAGCGUUCGAACAAACUCUGCUCAGUUUACAUCAAAGGAUUCGGAAGUUUUCUCCCGAAAAUCUAUGAGAAGAUUAGCCAGUUUGGAAUUCUGGUCGAUGGAAUUGUACUGGGGAAUCACAAAUGGGUAAUUCUACCCCAACAGUGUUUACCCCACAAAUCUUACCCCAAGGAACAUCUUAAACAUUAUCACUCCGAAUAGCACCGCGGCAAAGCGGUGUUUUGUUAAGUAUUUUCCAUCCAGUGUUCACCUCAACAGGCCUGUAUAGGCUUAAUGAAAAGACCACGUAUAGAUAGUGACGGAAGAUGUGCAAUUUACGUGUUGUUAGAAUGUUAAUAUUGAAGGAGUAGAACUUUUACAGACUUCCGUAGUUGUACAAAACUUUUCGGAAAUCUCAUAGACACGACUAUACAAACGUGUCUGGGAAAUGCUGUAACUGGAAACUCAGUGAGCGAUGGGAACAUAUCUGAAGAGAAAUGUGGUCAUUGACACGGAGUAAUACCGAGUGACAUUUGGACAGCAAAAUAUUUUUGGUCUUUUUAUAUGACUGAAGGGUGAGAGUUGCGAGACCACAGAAAAGUUGAAAGCGUCUAUUAGGCUACAUUGUAGCUGAAAACAAAUUAACAAUAGGAGCGGUUACCUCGCAUAUAUAUUUCCACAACUUAGGCAAAGAAGGCUCGAUGUAGACCGUGUGAAAGGUUGUCGUGUAAUGAGCCUACCUUAUUUUCACUUGAAGACUUUUAGAUUGCAGCCUUUUUGAAAGUAUUUGACAGUCUUUGAAAUAUUAACUAUGGUUGCAUGAACUUAUCAGUUAUCCAUGUUCAAAACUAUCCGGAGUAUUUUUCUGUACAGGACUACAGUAUGUGGUAACAUAUACCAUCGUUUUGUUCAACCAACAAUUUCCUGUCUUGUGAGAAGCCUAAUAACAUAGAUAUCUGGAACUGGCCGAAGACGAGCAUACAGUGGAAUAAGCUAUCGUAGACUAUUGUCAAGAUCAUCAUUAAUUUCGAAACACAUUGGUUGGACGUUACCAAUUUUCCAACGUACGAGGGAGAUUGUACACAUUAAAAUGAUAGUUGGAUAAAGGCUGAAGAAAUUAAACGAAAGCCCAAUGAGCGGCACACAGUCCACGAUAACUGACAGGUUUCCCAAAAAAGCUACCAGGACAGGAAGCAUUCUCAGCAAGGACCAUCCCCCAGACAAGAAACCCAAGAGUGACAAGUCAGCUGUCCCCUCCUCCAAUGAGUUUGAUCCCACAGAGCUGCUCGUGCAGAGCAGCAGCCUCAGCAGCAGUAGCAGUAGCAGCAGCUGCGUUGUAGCCGAUGGAAAGCCAGAGUCCUGUGGGCUUGUUCAGCGGUGUGUCAUCAUUCAGAGAAACGACAAUGGCUUCGGCCUGACUGUCAGCGGAGACAACCCUGUGUUUGUGCAGCUCGUCAAAGAAGAUGGAGCUGCCAUGCGGGCUGGUGUGCAGACAGGAGACAGGAUCAUAAAAGUCAAUGGAACAUUAGUAACACACUCAAAUCAUGUAGAAGUUGUAAAGUUGAUCAAAUCCGGCUCCUAUGUGGCCCUCACGGUGCUCGGCCGGCCCCCGGGGCUGCCUCAGAUCCCACUGUCUGAGGGCGAGGGAGACCCGGGGUCCCUAUCCCUGUCCUCCCCGCACUCCACUGGUCCCACCACAGGAGAGCGCUCCUCCUCCUCCAGCCCCUCUGACCGCGUCACCUCCCCACUGCCUGCCUGGGAGGAGAACAGCACAGUGCUCAACCAGAAGGUGGAUAUCUUGCAGAGGAUGCUGAUAAAAGUUCAGCAAGAUCUCCAGGCCAUGAAUGAGGAGUACCGCAGGAACCCCAACCCCAAACUACUGAAGGAGAUCCAGGAAGCCAAGAAGCACAUUCCACAGCUACAGGGACAGCUAAGCAAGGCUACAGGAGCUGGACAGGAUGGUGCCGUAUCAUCUCAGCUGCAGGAGGCUGAGCUGGAGGACGUGGGCGGUGGGGAGAGCGAGCAGCCCCUGUCCUGGCCCAAUGACUCAGCCACAGAUGGGUCCUGGCCCAACAGCACAGCGCCUCCUGCCUCUCCGUGCCCGAACGCUGCCCUCCCAGAUAGUCCGUGCCAAAGAGGGACCCCCUGCCACAGUCCAAAGACCACUCCACGAGGCAGCAUGAACUCCUGCCCCUCGCCAGACACCGAGGACCUGCCAGAGCUGGACUCCCAGUCCAGUGUGGGCAGCCCCAUGUCACGCUUACCCACUCAGAUCAUUGGUGCUGAGGAUGACUACUUUGACACCGAGCAGGACCAGAUGAAUGGUCAGUGCAGCUGUUUUCAGAGUAUGGAGCUCCUGAAGUCUCGGCCUGCUCACCUGGCAGCCUUCCUCCAUCACGUGGUCUCUCAAUUCGACCCUGCGCCCCUGCUGUGCUACCUCUAUGCUGACCUGUACAAGCAGACCAACCCCAAAGAGACGCGACGGAUUUUCAUGGACCUGCACACAUUCUUCAUGGACAGAACAGCGAACCUAAAGGUAGCAGUGCCUGAGUCCAUCUCAGCUGACCUUGAACGGAAGAGACCAGAACUGAUUCCAGAGGACACGCACAGACAGUACGUGCAGCAGCUUCAGGAAGCACUCCUGACGGACGUGCAGAAGAACCUGGAGGACUUCAGGCAGAAGCGCAGUAUGGGACUGACUCUGGCCGAGGCAGAGCUCACGCGGCUGGACACGGAGACGGUGAGGAACCGCGUGGGACUGGAGAGGGAGCGCUCCUGUGCUGAACACAUAAUCUCCAAGAUCGAGGAAGUGCUUUUGACGUCCCAGCCCACAGAGGAGGAGAAGUGCAGCACUAUGCAGUUCGUGAUCCUCACCUACAUGAAGCAUCUGGGGGUGAAGGUGAAGGAGCCGCGAGGCCUGGACCCCAAACCCAAACGCAUCAACUUCAACCUGCCCAAGAUCAAAGUGAAGGGCAUAAAGCCAGAAAAAGAAGGAGAAGAAAAAGUGAAGAAAGGCAGAUUCCCCCCCUUUCUGGGUCCUCCCAGACGGCCCAGUCGCAUUGAUCCACCAUCAAUUGGCAAGGCCUUGGAGAUGAGUAAGCAGCGUCCGCAGAAGCAGCUCUCGCAGCCGGCCCUCAGUGUCGCUGAGCAGUCCGACUCGUCGCCAGGGGCAGGGUCGGGGCUGGGUGGACGGCCCCGCGGCAGCCAGUCCAGCGACAGCUCAGACACCACGCACGUCGGCGCAGCCACCACGUCCCCGCCGCACAGCGCCCCUGCAGCACAGAGCUCGGAUGGCUCCGGCCGUGACACUGAUUCUGGAUCCACCCCGUCCUCUGCCCUGCCCAGACUAGGGGACGGCGUGCACCAGGGUGACCCCCUGGACGGAUCAGCGCAGGGCUCAGGCACCCACUUCGACUUCAACCUGCUGCAGGAGGAGGAGCCUGAGGGUGACAGGACCCAGGAGGGAGGCACGCCGAAGCCAGCCAGGAGGAUGGAGCCGCUGGGCUCCUGUGAGGUGCAGAGCGAGGACGACCAGGGCACCGAGGUGGAGCUGGAUCAGGACCCCUCUAACUGGCAGAUGUCAGUCCCCCGAGAGAUCCUGCAAGGACUCCCAUCUCAGGAAAUCAAACGUCAAGAAGUCAUUUAUGAGCUGUUCUAUACGGAGCGGACUCACCUGCGAAUGCUGCGCGUCUUGGAUAACGUCUUCUAUCAGAAGCUGAACAGAGACAGCAUCCUUCCUGCGGGCGACAUCAAGCACAUCUUCACCAACUUAGAGGAGAUUGUCCAUCUACACGCCUCCAUUGAAGGACACAUGAUGGCUAUCCGGAAAAAGAAUGAAGGUUCAGUCAUUGGACUGAUAGGAGAUGAUCUGCUGACCUGGUUCAGUGGAACAGAGGAGCAGAAGAUUAAACAGGCGGUCGGAACCUUUUGCAGUAACCAGCCCUUCGCACUGGAGCUCAUCAAGAGCAGGCAGAAGAAAGAUCAGCGCUUUAUUUCCUUCAUGCAGGAGGCUGAGAGUAAUCAGCUGUGCCGCCGGCUCCAGCUCAAAGACAUCAUUCCCAUGGAGAUGCAGCGACUCACCAAGUACCCCCUGCUGCUGGAGAACAUUGCCAAAAACACCGAUGAUCUGGAGGAGAGGGACAAAGUGAAGAGAGCUGGAGAAUGCUGCAGGAACAUCCUGAACCAUGUCAACCAGGCUGUGAAGGAGGCUGAGAAUAAACAGAGGCUGGAGGACUACCAGAGACGGCUGGAUUUGUCCUCACUGAAGCAGAGCGAGAACCCCAUGAUCUCAGAGUUCAAGAAUUUGGACUUGACCAAGAGGAUAUUGGUGCAUGAAGGACCACUUUCAUGGAAAGUCAACAAAGACAAGACAAUAGAGCUGUACACGCUGCUGCUGGAGGACAUCCUGGUGCUGCUGCAGAGGCAAGACGAGCGCCUCAUCCUCAAGUGCCACAGCAAGAACCUGGCUGGCACAGCUGACACCAAACACAUCUUCAGCCCCAUCAUCAAGCUCAACACCGUGAUGGUGCGCUCUGUCGCCACAGACAACAAGUCCUUCUUUGUGCUGUCCAUGUCAGACAGCGGUGCUCAGAUCUAUGAGUUGAUGGCACAGGCUGUUUCUGAGCAGAGAACGUGGCAGCGUCUCAUCACCCAGAGGGCAGACUCCAUGAAGAAGAAGCAGCACAACAUCAUACCUCUACCCCAGCCGGACGGUGAGCGAGAGACUGUGGAGAUAAUGAACUCCGCUGGCGUUCAGAAACUCAACAAAGAUUCGGACCGCAUCUCUACCGGAAGCAUCCAGUCCCCUGACAAAGACUUAGCUUCCUCCCAAGGGAUUCUUCACACCCCUCCUCCUGGGUCCAACCCGUUUGAGAGCAGUAAAUCGGAGGAUGAGGAGGAGGAAGAGGAGUCACCACCAGUGCGGGAAGAAGAAGAGGGGCCCUUCCUAGAAACGGACUUGGCUGACAAAGAUGCCUUCAUCCAGCCUGGGGCGUGUCCGGCUGUUGUCAUGGACGAUGAGGAGUCUGAUGCCUUUGGCUUUUCCUCCUCCAGAGCUGAUGAAGCCAUACGGACUUUGGCAGCGCUGCGGCAGCUUCUCAUCACCCACAUGAUGAGUCCGGAGGAGGGAGAGCGUGCCGAGGGGGGAGAGCGUGCGGACACGUCGGUGCCGGCGCGGGCCCCCGAGGACACUGGGGGCCCAGGGCCUCCUGCGGUGAACAACUCUGAGAAGACAGGGCACGCACAGGCCCUCCCUGAGCUGCCGUCUACCGACACGGCCCUCUGCGAGACACCCGAGUGCACAGCAGGCAGUUACAUGGUCCUGGAGGGUUACGGGGGUUUCGAGGAAAGCUGCACUGACGACGAUGUCCAGGCGGGCGACUCGGUGAUCGACGUGACGAAGCUCCUCUCCUCGUCCUCGCAGACCACGAGCGGACCAAACCUCAGCCGGCAGGUCAUGACCCACAUCCGCCUCCUUCAGGCCAACCUGCAACACCUCAAGGAUGUGGAGAUUAAGUAUAACCAACUUCGCCAAAGGCUCGCCGAAGCAUCUACCGACACAGUGGAGAACAAAGACAAUAGUUAGUGAUUCAGGGAGAUGCUCCUCUGCUCCAACCUGGAACGACCCCCACGGGAGACAGGGGUGUGUGUGGUGGACACAUAGACAGCCCACUCCAGCAUGCCCCCUCUCUCCUGUGCUAACGCUCUGAAAUGGACACAGACCGCUUGGAGCGGGCGGCCGAGGAAGACGGGAGUGCUUCACACGUCCUCUCCAGCUGCCCCCUUGCUCUUCCCAAAUCCUCCACUCAAACGGAGGACCGCAUCUUAAGAGCAUCUAUGCGCACAUCUAUACCAAUUCAGAACGAAGUUGCUCGGCAUAGCCUGCUUUCUCAGAGAUCUUGGGGUUAUAUUUAUUGGAAUUUAUGUGAAUGUUAAGUUUUCCCUGAUGCCUCCACUCACUGGUCAUUUCAGGAGACUUCUCCCACUUUAUUUUGAAGCAGCUGUAUCGCCACAUAGGGAGAAGACUGUUGCACUCCAUGCUCUCUGUCUAGUCCGCCAUUCCUUAAGCCUGCUUGAGUCGCUGGUCCCUUGCUCUAAAGGUGUAGAGAAUUACAACAGAUCCUCUGUUGUCAUCAAAGGGAACUCUUCAUAAAUGUAUGAAUUCAUCGCUGACAUGGAGGCUUGUUACGAGGCCAAAUCAGAAACAAAUGCUGAAUGAUGCUGUCCCAUAUUUCAUAUUGGACUGAAAAAAUUAGGUCAAGGUUGUGUUUUUUUUUUUUUUUACAACCUCAGUUGUGUCGAUUUCACGUCUCGGUAGAAUUGGGUAACUCCUUCAGUAGUCUGUCCUUUAUAAGGAUUACGUAACAACUUAAUAAGCACAGCAUAACACAUUCAUGAGCAUUAUGUUAACAAUCUUUACAUAUUCUCAUGCAUGCUGCACUGUAUGUAUGAUGACCUAAUUUGCCAUUAUCAACAUGAAAUAUCUUGAAUGUUAAUGUUUUGUUAAUGAGCACAAUAUCAAGCCUAGGAAGAAAUGUUUCGGCGAUAGGGCUGCUGUAAUAAAUUGCCUCUUUCCACCACAAAAAGGCCUUCUAUAGACACGUUCAUAUCUCCACGGCCUCAGUAUCAUGACCUGAAGACACACUGCAACAUACACUGUGUCCAUUCGUUGGAGUAAUAGACUGAAGCUAUUGGGACUUCUACAGCAGAAAUGGUUGUCCAGGUAACUCGUUUACAGCAGUGGUUCUCAAUCUCGUCUUUGCAUGUUUUCAGUCCUUCCUUGCAUGCCCACUUUACUCAUCGGUGGCCCUUUUUGAUUAGCUGAACAAACUUGGAUUGGUUAAAGGUAGGGUCUGUGAUUCUGAGCCCAUACAAAUUAAGCAAAUCGCUCCCCUAGCUGUCUGUUCAGUCCUAGCGCUGUACACGGGUAGCAAACAUGGUGGCUCAGAUCAAGUCAUCAACAGUUCCGGCCAAUUCAACAUGUUGCCCCAGGUGCAAGGAAAAGAGAGGGCUGAUUUGAUUGGCUGUUGAGCUAAAACAUCAACAUUUCGCCAGAAUCGCAGAUAAAGAUAAUAAAGAGCAUUUGAACGACAUUGAUUUUAGUCAGAUGUGUUCCGCUCCAGUAUAGAUGGAGGUUAUGCAGGGCAAAGGGGCAGAAGCAGGAUCAGAAGUGAAAAACCUGAUUUAAGUGAUUUAACAGCGUUUUGAAUUAUUGGGUUUUCUGAAGGUACACCGUGUCGCUGAAUACCUGAAUAGUAGAGGAUACUGAUGCUUGAUUACAUAACAGUCUUUGACCGAGGAAAGCUCUCUAUACUCCAGCACCUCCACAGAAAGAGAGGUUGGUUCCUGGUUCCCAAUCAUCCUUUAAAAGGAUAUCUAAAACAGAAGGCUAUCAGCACUGAGUAGUGAGAUUGGAGUAAGACUGACGCCAUUACAACAUUUAUCAUCAGGUACGUUGAAGUAACGUUGUCAGUGUAGACAGAGACCGACUCUGCUGGUAGCAUGGUGUGAGGCAAUGCCUUUUUCUCUCUCCAUCACAAAUGUAACUGUGGCUUGGUGGUUGUGUAACUGUAGGAGUUAAGGAGGCAACUUUUCCUUUGUAUCCUUUGGAAAUGAAGCUACUGAAGAUCUCUUCACCUUAGAGGGGAGGACACAAAUUUCUGUAAAAUACAUGUGUAACAGAACUACAUUGAAACAGAGUUUGCCGAAAACGCAACGGUCCCCACAUUUGCAGGACUCUCGCGACAAGAUGAAUUAUUGGAGUUCAGAUAUAUGAAGAAACACCAGAGCUUAUGAAAUGACCUGUAUGGUUUAUUUUAAAUGUAAAAUUGUAAUUAUGAACACUGCAUCUCUCACCAGAGGAGUCCUUGAACGUGCUCUUCUGCUUUCUACACCUUAUGUACUGUUUUAACAUAAACUACUAAGACGAAAAAAAUAAAAGACUGCAAGGUAUUCCCUAAAUAUUAAUGUUAUCUGUAUUUUUAUUAUUUUGUCUAGAUGUUCAUGAGGUAUUAUAUUUUAUGAAGAACACUAUUAUGAUCUUUGGCUUUCUGUUGAAAUCAUGAAUAACUUUAGUUGAGAGAUUCUAUUAAAUUUGAAACUGAUACAAUGUCAAACAUAAAA